AUGCGCCUCUUGACAGUUACAAUACUUGUUGCCGCGUUUUCCGCCAACGCAGUAGUUCUCAGAAAUGAAGAUGCUCGUAGUCUCAAGGGAAGCAAUCAUACCGCGUUCGAAUGGGGAGCUUGCGACCCGACCUUGGUGCAAGACCUCAAUGUCUCGUGCAGCUUCUUCGAGAUACCUCUGGAUUACCACAACUCCGAAGCGGGAACGGGGAGACUCGCCGUUGCCAAAGUGAACGCCACGGGCGAACGACUCGGGACCGUUUUCUUCAACCCAGGUGGACCCGGAGCCUCCGGGCUAGCAGCCAUGAACGAGGCGAGCACGCUGCUUCUGGCCCUCACUGGCGGGAACUACGACAUUGUCAGCUGGGACACGCGCGGCGUCGGCACGCUCACCAUUCCCGGAGACAUCGUUUGCUUUGACAACGUCACAGACUACAACACGUUCUGGAAUGGCACGAUCGAGCUCGAUGGCAUCGAGUACACCGGUAACUUCACCGACCCGGCAGACACGAAAGCACUGCUUGCUCAGGCGACGGUCAUGGGACGCAAGUAUGCGGAGCUUGGGAAGCGCUGCCAGCAGCACCCCACUGGCAAGUACAUGAAGUACAUCGGAACGGCCGCGACGGUGCGCGACAUGAUCGCGCUCGCGGACGCGCUCGAUGGCCCUGGGAGCCCGGUGAACUACGCAGGUAUUUCGUACGGUACUCUGUUGGGCGCGUGGUUCGUGAACAUGUUCCCCAAGCGGGUAGGCCGAGUUCUUCUCGACGGUGUCCUCAACCCGCAACUCGUCGCGACACAAGAGUCGCACAAGAUCUGGCCCCAGCAGCUCUCGGAUACUGACAAAGCAUACGAGGCGUUCGUUGCCGGAUGCGCGCUCGCCGGGCCGUCAGGCUGCGCAAUCGCCACCGCGAACGCAUCCGCUGCGGACGUUGACGCGACCAUCAAGACGCUCCUUCAGCAGGCGCACGAUGCUACGCGCAAGAACGCGUCCGUUCCGGUGACGUCCGCGGACAUCCGCAGCGCACUGCUGUCGGCAAUGUACUUCCCGGCUACCUGGGCGGACCUCGCGAACACGACCUUCCCUGAGAUCGUUGCGGCCGUCCAGGGCGAGUCGCUGGCUCGCAGGGCCCUUGGUGGAGUGGCACAACGAAUUGUUCGGAGGCACCAAUCGGACGAAGCGGAGACGUAUGGCGGCAUCGCGGUCGCGUGCAGCGACAGCAUCGAUCCGCGGGGCACGUCGAUGAAGGAUGUGUUCAAGAACACGAUUGCCGCAACCCAAAGCGUCAAUGGCUCUCAUCUUUUCACGCCCGUCUGGCCCAUCUCUUGGAACUACUGCCCGUUCUGGCCCGUGCGCGCCGUGGAAAGGUACACGGGCCCGUUCAACAAGAAGCUCGCGAACAAGGUUCUGAUCGCCAACAACCGCUUGGACGCGGCCACGCCUCUGAAGGGCGCCCAGGCGCUAUCUAAGAUUAUGGGGGACAACGCGGCCCUCGUCGUCCAGGAAGGAAUUGGGCACACCACGCUUUACUCGCCCUCCCAGUGCAUGAACGAGAUUCUAUUCACGUACAUGACCACUGGCGCGGUCCCGGACAGCAACGACACGACGUGCGAGGUCGAUACGGACUUUGAAUUGUUCGAUGGGGUGAACACUGAGGCGAUCAUGGCCGCGCUCGCCACAUAG